GCCUCCUGAACAAAGCCGCCGAGGAUGCAGAGUGGGCAAAACUGCUCCGUACGGCUCGGCGCAUGCUCGGGAGCCCCGUGCUGUGCUCUCCCAGACAGGAAGCGGGAGAGUUCUUCAAUCCACAUUAGUCUGUGACAGCUGUCGGGGGUUAUGCUGGGACGGACGUUUCAGGACCUGAUAAUCGUGCUGGGUGUCAGAAGGGGAAUUUAUGGGUUGAGUCAUGAGGAAGUCUGGGGUUGAUAUGGGGGCGCCGGUCCGCGACGGUCAGUAAUUUGAGGUCUAUGCAGACUGAUGGGAAGUCUGUGGGAUGAAUGUUGGGUACAUACAGGAAUCAGCAAUAGGGACAGAUGUAUGAUCUGUGGGUCAGGGAUGGCAGGUCUGUGCGCUGUUGGAAUAUCCGUGUGGCCAGUGAUUUGUGGACCUGUAUGGCCAGUCUUGUGAUCGGGGUUCGGUGGAGGUGGUCUUUGGGAUUUGUGAUUUCAGCACCUGGUGAUUCAGUGUUUUGUAGGGGGUUAUUAAUGCAGUCAGGAACUGAGAAAAGUCAGCUCUAGUUUAGUGGGAAAGGCCUCACUUUACAAUUUAUGCAGGUCAGAGGCCGCCUCCAGGUUGAAGCCCCUCCGCAGAUGUUAGAUAUUUUCUCAGACUUCCAUCUCCAUCACUCACGUCCUUACAGAAGAAAACAUCCUUUGAACAGCUCUGUAUCCAGACAGGAGCAUGACUGUUUAUUUUAACAAAGCCUGGGAUAACCCCAUGGGAAUGAGUGAAUGAGUUCAAUCUUCUCUGCAUGACCCAUCCUUGGACUGUGAAGAAUUUACCAGACUGGUAAAUGGCUCCUGGGGAUUUAGCCUGUCUUUCAGUCCUGAUUCCUCAGACCUCUGCUCUUUUGGAAGAGAAGCAGAAAAUGACCAAGUCUCACGGUCCAUUGUCAUUUGAGGAUGUGGCUAUAGCUUUCACCAAGGAGGAGUGGCAGCAACUGGACCCCGCUCAGAGGACGCUGUACAGAGACGUGAUGCUGGAGAACUUCAGCCACCUGGUCUCAUUGGGGCAUCCAGUUUCCAAACCAGAUGUCAUCUCCAAGUUGGAACAAGGAGAAGAGCCUUGGAUCUAUCCAGAGAGGGAGACUAGACUUGAAAAUCCUCAAUUGGAUAUACUUGGAGGUGUUUCCUUCCAUAAGGAGAUAUUGGAAAGUGUAACAAGGGGUCAUUCAUUGUGCUCCAUUUUUAAGGUCUGGCAGGGUGAUGACCAGCUGGAGAGAGAUCAGGAAAAUCAAGACAGACUUCUCAGGCAAGUCAUGGCCAUCAAAAACAAAACAGUUGUUGAAGAGUCAGGCUAUUCAUAUAAGACAUUAGGAAAAAUAUUUCAUGACUACACAUACCUAGAUGCUUCAAGACAAGGACUGUAUAAAUGUGACUCAUUUGAAAAGAGCUUGGAACCUAAUAUAAACUUAUUCAGUUGUAAUAGGGGUUAUACAAGACAAAAUACUGAUGAGAAUUUUGGAUGUGGGAGUACACCUAUAUCUUCCUAUUAUAAGCAUGAAAAAAUUCAUAAUGGCUUGAAGCACUGUGAAGAUAGUCAGUGUGGAAAGAUUAUCAGCAAUAAACAAUCUCUUAUUCAAUAUGUGAAUGUUGAAACUGGAGAGAAGACCUGUGUAUGCAUUGAAUGUGGAAAAUCUUUUCUAAAAAAGUCACAACUCAUAAUACAUCAAAGAAUUCAUACUGGAGAGAAACCAUAUGAUUGUGGUGCAUGUGGGAAAGCCUUCAGUGAGAAGUCACAUCUCAUUGUACAUCAGAGAACUCAUACUGGGGAAAAACCUUAUGAAUGUUCUGAAUGUGGAAAAGCCUUCUCCCAGAAAUCAUCCCUCAUUAUACAUCAGAGAGUUCAUUCUGGGGAAAAACCAUAUGAAUGUAAUGACUGUGGGAAAGCCUUCUCCCAGAAAUCACCCCUCAUUAUACAUCAGAGAAUUCACACUGGAGAGAAACCUUACGAAUGUAAUCAGUGUGGGAAGGCUUUUUCCCAGAAGUCACAGCUGAUUAUACAUCAUAGAGCUCAUACUGGAGAGAAGCCAUAUGAAUGCACUGAAUGUGGGAAAGCCUUCUGUGAGAAGUCCCACCUCAUUAUACAUAAAAGAAUUCACACUGGGGAGAAACCCUACAAAUGUGUUCAGUGUGAGGAAGCCUUCAGCAGAAAGUCAGAACUCAUUAUACAUCAGAUAAUUCAUACUGGGGAGAAACCUUAUGAAUGUACUGAAUGUGGAAAAACCUUCUCCCGGAAGUCACAGCUCAUCAUACAUCAGAGGACGCAUACUGGAGAGAAACCCUAUAAAUGCAGUGAGUGCGGAAAGGCCUUCUGUCAGCAGUCACAUCUCAUUGGACAUCAGAGAAUUCACACAGGAGAAAAACCUUAUGUAUGCAGUGAAUGUGGGAAAGCCUUCUCUCAGAAGUCCCACCUCCCAGGACAUCAGCGCAUUCAUACAGGAGAGAAACCUUACGUAUGUGCUGAAUGUGGAAAGGCCUUUUCCCAGAAGUCAGACCUUGUUGUACAUCAGAGAAUUCAUACUGGGGAGAAACCCUAUCAGUGUGCUAUAUGUGGGAAAGCAUUCAUUCAGAAGUCACAGCUCACUGUACACCAGAGAAUUCAUACAGUGGUAAAAUCAUAAGAAUGGACUAAGCACAGAAAAGUCUUUUGAAUCUUCUCAAGCCUUAAUAAAUAACACAAAACCCAUGGAUUGCAAUGAGUUUGGGGGCAUCUUUACUGAUAAAAUUUUACAAGUGAAAUAAAGUUCCUAAUGUAUUUAAUUUUUUAUCAGAGAUAAUACAGAUGUCUCAGUUAUAUAAAUAAUGGCAUUUUCACUGUGGCAUGUAAGACUUUUGAGAUUGUGAACUGAAUGAGUAAUAUAACAAGUUACAUAUAUAGUUUAUUUUGAAGUUGUGUAUUUAUGAUUAUGUUACAUAAUAAGAAUUGGACAUGUAAUAAAAUUGUUAAUGUUAACUUAGCAUAAUUAUGGCUGUGCAGUAAUUCCCCCCAGAGGACAUGAAGAAAGCUUGAGUCAAAAGAUGCCAUGACCUAGAAUCUGUGCCUGGGGGAAGGGUUUGAUUGUCACUCCUAAAGGUACCUGUAAAAUUAUUCUUGUAGAUAGAUGGAAAGAUGGGUUGAUAAGAUCCAAUAAAUGUGGUCUCUUUGUUUGCUUGUUUGUUUCAUUUCAAGAAUAUAUGUUGUUCAGUGUCAGUAGAUGGACCCAGGAUCUUGGAAUUGACACUUCUUGCUAUUUCUCUCUUUUACUCCUCCCCUCUAGGGGUUUGGUGUGAUGGAAAGACAUAGACAGUCAUGGGUUCUAAUGCUUAUUCCAGUACUCACAGAUUGUGUAACUUCAGGGAAGCCUUUUUUCAUCCACAGCAUCUGUUCCCUAUCUAUAUGUAAAAUUCUGGCAGAGAACUUGUUUUUAGCUCAUAUGUGUCCCUGUUAUCUUCCCUCUCUGUUCUUUUGCAAGAGUUUGCUAAUACCCAGGUGUACACAUUUAAACUUGAUUUGCAUUCCAGACACUGUGUUUCUGAUUCCCCUGAUUUCUUUUCUGUCUUUUUUACAUUAAUGCUGUCCUUGUGUCUGGUGGCCUAAUUCAUACUGUUAUGGAGACCUCAAUUUUUAUCUUAUUUUGCAAACACAUAUAAGUUUAUGGUGUUUGCACAUAAAGACCCUGUGUGAUACCAUCACAAAUCCUGUGUUACCCUUUCCCAGAAGUACCAGUUCUUUUUCCUAAGAACUGAGUGGCCCUCAGAGAAAAACCCAUAGGGAAUGUGAAAGACAUGCUUGGGGUAGCCUAAUUGGGCAGGUACGAAUCAGGACACAAAAAUCCCACCUGCUGUCUCUAAAGUGUUUCUGUAUUCUUCAUUGUGGGCCCAACUCUUCUCCCAUAAGAAUCUUUAGGAAAGCAUGUUGAUGGGGAGAAGUCAUAUGUAGCAAGGAUGUAGUGACCUGUGUGGCUAAAUAUGAUUUCUGCAAGAAAGUUCCUACUUGAUUCCUUCAUAUGUCCUGCUUAGCUGACCCUUUCUCUGCAGGGCCCCAGUGUUUACUCUGAGAAGUAAGACUCUGUAUGCGAACUUCUGUGGAGGACAUGGCAUACCUCAAAAAGAUGUGCAAAUGUGUGUGAAAAAGUUCUUUGUGUCAUUGUAAACAGUGAUUGAUAUUGGAUAUAAUUGGCCUUUUAAACCUGGGAAAUAAAACCUUCAGGCAUGUACCAUGGAGUGAUCUGCUUUGAGAGGUCUUGAUGGAAGUCGGCCCCACCUGGCCCUUAUGGAAGCAUGGGAAAAUCAGGGUCUCAGGAACAUAGAGAAAUGUUGUGAGAAGGAAAUGAUAAUAUAGUAAGAGUUAUGGAAAUUAUGUAAGGAAAAUAAAGACUCAAGAGUUCUUAUCUUCUCAUGGGCCUUCCAUUUUGCCUUUUCACCUUCCAGGGAACCUCAUUGAUCUGAUCAUGACAUAAUAUGUACCAUAUAUUGCCAUAAAAUAUAAUAAAAUUUAGUCCUUAUUGAUGUAUAGAAAAUUUCCCUCUAAAGUCUGGAAAAAAGACAAUGUCCAUUCUCACCAGUUUUUCAACAUUGCAUUGAAAGACCUAGUCAGGGAAAUCAGGCAAGAAAAAAAUUGGUAUAAUGAUUGGAAAGCAAUAAAACACAUUAUUUGUUGAUAAAAUUAUAUACUUCUUUGCAUAGAAGAUGAAAAUGUAUAGGUUAAUUGUUAGGAAAUACUAAUGUUUCUGUAUAUAAAGUUUUUAAAAAUAAAGUUUAUGCAAUAGAUACAAAAUGAAAAUUUAAGGAUAUGUUACAGUAGCAUUAAAAAUACAUCAUGUCUAGAAAUAUGUGUAUUUCCAGUGCUAUGUUAAAUAGAAGUGGCAAGAAUGGGCAACUUUGUAUUGUUCCUGAUCUUAAAAGAAAAGCUUUCUUCACCACUGAUUAUGACAUUAGCUGUGAGCAUGUCAUAUGUUGCCUUCAUUAUUUGGAGGUAUGUUCUUUCUGUGACCAAUUUGUUGAGAUUUUUUUUAUCAUGAAAGGAUGUUGAGUUUUUGGCAAUUUUUCUGCAUGUGUUGAGAUGAUUUUUUAUCCUUUAUUCUGUUAAUGUGGUGAGUUACUUCUUUUAAUUUUUAUAUGUUGAAACAUCCUUGCAUCCCAGGUAUAAAUCCCAGUCAGUCAUGGUGUAUGACCCUUUAAAUGUGCUGUUGAAUUCUGUGUGCUUGUAUUUUGUCAAGAAUUUUGCAUUUAUAUUCAUCAAGAAUGUUGGGCUUUGCUUUUCUUGUAGUGCCCUUAUCUGGCUUUGGUGUCAAAGUAAUGCUGGCCUUGUAAAAUGAGUUUGGGAGUGUUCCCUUCUUAGUUUUUUUGAAGAGUUUAAGUAGGAUUGUUGUUAACUCUUUACAUAUUUUGUGAAUUCACCAAACUAUCUGGUCCUGGGCUUUUCUUGGUUGAGAUGUGUUUGAUUACUGAUUCAGUCUCUUACUCAUUAUUGGUCUGUAAAGAUUUUCUGUGAAUGAUUCAGUCUCAUAUAUUGUGUGUUUCUAGGAAUUUAUUUCUUCUUGGUUAUCCAAUUUGUUGGCAUAAUUGUUCUACAUGAUAUUAUGAUAUGUUGUAUUUCUGUAGUAUUGGUUGAAAUGUCUCCUCUUUUAUUUCUAAUUUUACUUGAGUCUUCUCUCCUUUUUUCUUAGUCUGACUGAUGGUGUGUUAAUUUUGCUUAUCUUUUCAAAAAAACCAGCUUUUAGUUUCAUUGAUCUUUUCUCUUGUUUCUCUGGUCUCUAUUUUGUUUAUUUCUGCUCUGAUCUUCAUUAUUGCCUUCUUUCUGCUAACUUUUGGCUUAAUUUUUUCUUACUUUUCUAAGUCUUUGAGGUAUAAAGUUGGUUGUUCAUUUGAGAUCUUUGUUUCUUAAUAUAGGCAUUUAUCACCAUAAGCUGCCUGCUUAGACCUGCUUUUGCUAUAUCCAAUAGGUUUCAGUAAGUUGUGUUUCCAUUUUCAUUUGUUUCAAGUAUUUUUAAAAUAUCUUGGUUGUUCAGGUGUGUGUUAUCUAAUUUCCACAUAUUUGUAAGUUUCCAGUUUUCUUUGUUAUUUUCUAGUUUCAUGCCAUUGUCGUCAGAAAACAUACUUGGUAUGAUUUCAGUGUUCCUAAAUUUGCUAAGACUUGUUUGUGACCUAUCGUAUGAUGUAUCCUGGAGAAUGUUCUGGGUGUCCUUGAGAAGAGUGUGUAUUUUGCUGCUGUUGGAUGCAAUGUUUUGUAUAUGUCUGCUAAAUCCAAUUGAUCCAAAGUAUCUAAGUGUUUCCUUAUUGAUUCUCUGUCUUCCUGAUCAAUCCAUUGUUGAAAAUAGGGUACUGAAGUGUUCCGCUAUGAUUGUAUUUCAUACCUGUUAAUAUUUGCUUAAUAUACUUAAGUGCUGUGGUGUUGGUAUAUAAUUGUUAUAUACUCUUUAAGACUUGACCCUUUUAUGAAUACAUAAUGAUCUUUUUUGCCUCUGUUACAGUUUUUAACUUAAAAGUGUAUUUUGUCUGAUUAAGUAUAGCUACCUUUGAUCAUUUUUGGUUUCCAUUUGCUUGGAAUAUCUUUUUUCAUCCUGUCACUUUGAUCCUAUCCAUGUUCUUAAAGCUGAAGUGAGUCACUUUUAGGCAGCAUAUGGUUGGGUCUUUUUUUUUUUUUUAACCUAUUCAGUACUGUAUGCCUUUUGAUAAUUUUUUUUAAAGAUUUUAUUUAUUUGAGAGAGAGAGAGUGAGCAAGAGAGAGCACAAGCUCGGGGG